CAGAGAUAUAGACGAAUUAUAACUCAUGCCGAUGAAAUGACUUAACUCUCAAAAUUAUCAGCGGGUUUCAUUUGUGUUUUACUUACUUUAGUUGUCAAUGUCAAGAAAGUUCGAGUCGACAGCGGAACAGCAGCACGGUACGCCAUAUUGUUUUGUUCUGCGCAUGUGUGUGAGAAUCAGCUGUUACUUCCAACCUUUCAACUUCAGACACGCGUUUUUCCAUUUGUUGUCACGGGGUUUUGACGGAGCUCGUUGUCGGGAGUAUUGGACUAUUUUGCAUGAAUUGAACUACCGUGGAUUUAUUAUUAAUAUGCUCCGAACUGUUCUUUCUAGGAAGCUGGUUUUUCUCAAGAGGCUAUUUUCAUCACAGACAGAAGGUGAAAAAAAAAUCUCAGAAAUUUUAAAGCAAAGAUUUCCCACAGCAGAAGCAGUUCAAGUUACUGAUGUUUCUGGUGGUUGUGGUGCUAUGUAUGAAAUACAAAUAGUUUCUGACGUUUUUCAUGGCAAACGAACGGUUAUGCAGCACCGGAUGGUCAAUGAGAAUGUGAAUUCAUGUCUCACAAUACACCAAUUGCACAGAUAG